AUGGCGGCCGACCAGGACCAGGAGACUGGCUCCACAGGGACAGAACAGCAGACACAAGAAUGCAGAGCAGACAGGAGAUCUGAAUCCCCCAGCAGCCCACCAACAGAAAGGGAUGACUCCGCCCCAGCCACUAAAAAGGAUAUCGGACUCUUGCUACAAGAAAUUAAGCAGAUGUUCGAUGUUGAUUUAAACCUAAUGCACACAGAAACGCAGGCAGUGACAGCACAAGUACAGGCCUCUGAAGAGGACAUACUAGACCUCAGACAAGAGGUAAAAAGCAUGGGAGAUACCCUGAAACACUUACAAUUGGCGAUCACAGUGCUCCAAAACACUCUGGACGCCAUGGAAGACCGCAGUAGGCGCACACAUAUUAAGAUCCGGGGAAUCCCUGACACAGUCGGACCCUCAGAACUAACACUGUACCUGAGGAGGCUUACGGCAACUAUCCUGCCACACACACAUGCUAAAAAGCUGGAAUUUGACAGCCACUUCUGCAUAAACAAGGCCAACUGCGGAAAGGGAAAGUGGAGUACAGAUGGCUGCUGCCGAGAACCUUGGCGGUCAUCAGCGGAAUGGAGUUCCUAA